UUUCCCGGUGCAGUACCAAACAGUACCGAAAGCGAGAGAAGACACACGAACAAACAAAAAAAGGUCGGUCUACCCUGUUAGGUAUUAAAACGCUUCCUCUGUGUGUAACGCGUGUACCGUCUGUAGUAACGUAACACAGACACACAGAUACAUAUACACACACAAGCACCCAGCAUCACAGAUACCACUGACGUCAGGUUUUUUGGCGUACGGUUUACGGCGUCGUGUAUUAGCAGUUGUUGUAAUCGCAAUCGUGCACUGCAGCAUCCGUGCUAGAGUGGACGAAACACAACAGUGAGUGGGUGUGUGUGAGUUGGAGUUUACAAAGCACAACUGUUGCGAUUUAGUAACAGCAGCAACAGCAAAAUAACGCUAAAGUGAAGUGGGAAUAAAAAAAACGGUCAAUUACAACCGUGCAACAAGUCGGCUCCGGUGGUUUGCUGGCUGCCGUGCUUAUCAGUUGCAAAUCUCGGCCCGGCAAAUAAGUGCAGUGUGUGAGGGUGUGCAAGUGUAAAGAAGAUAACAGAUAAAAGUGUGUGUUGUGGUCAGAGCAAUUGGAGAAGCAACCUCAGCAAAAAAAAAAAAGAAAACGGAAGAAUGUGCAGUGAAGACUGUUGGUAGUGGUAUCAAGACGAAUUGAAACGAUUUAAGGACAUUCAGAGCUAAUUUUCCUUUUGAAGGCUAAAGUAAAGGAAUCAAUUUAGUGCAUUUUGUGAGAAACAUAAAAGAAACAAUUGCCCGUCGAUCGAGUCGAACAGAGCUCGACAGCAAAGUGACAGCAUUCUUAAAGCAACCGAAGGUGAUUAGCCCGAAUCCUUUGUGGCAGUGCAGUGAAUAGGAAAACCUUGACGACCGUGUCAAAGACUUUGAUCAGCACAGCAGCGGGAGAUCAGGCAACAAAAGAAUUUGCCAAACCGACCUGAGAUUUGGGUCACUUUAUAAAAGGGGCCCUUAGGCAGUAAAUUCCAGCAACAGACGACUUGGUCAGGAUGAAAACGGAGGAGAAAACAAAUGUACGGGUACGGAUAGCGGUGCUCGGAAAUGUCAAUGUCGGAAAAUCUGCCCUCACCGUACGCUACCUGACCCGACGGUUCAUCGGCGAGUACAGCUCCAACACGGACCUGCUCUACAAGCAAACCGUCACGCUCGACAGCGGCGUGCUGGAUGUGGAGAUAGUGGACAUCUCGGCGGAAAACGACAACGGCUUCCCGGUGGAGCAGAUCCAGUGGGCCGACGCCUGCCUGAUCGUGUACAGCAUCACCGACCGGGCCAGCUACGAGUACGCCCAGCGGUCACUGGCCGAGCUGCGGCAGCUGCAGAACGCUCCGUCCGCCUACCUGGUCGGCAACAAGGCCGAUCUGGAUCACCUGCGUGAGGUACAGGAAACGGAAGGCGCAUCGCUGGCCGCGUCGCACGCGAUCGGCUUCUGCGAGGUGUCGGUGGCGGACAACACGCCCGCCCUCUACAAAGCGUUCGAACGGUUGCUGGUGGAAUCACGGGCCCGCCCGGUCAAGCCGCGCAAGUUCUCCGUCAGCAAAAUGUUUGGAACGCUGAUCGGUAACAACGGCACACGGCAACCGCCAGUCAGCCAGGGUACGGUCGUGCCGUGCCACAAAGGCGAGCUGCACAAGUCGCGCGUAAUGAAGCGACGCCAGGCCUUCACAGCGACUGCCUCCCUAUGACCGACGUCGACCACGGCCGAGGACAGCAAUUAAACAAAGCAGCUAGCAGCGGUGUGCAUAUUCGGUGUGUGUAGAGAGGACACUGAGAACAUGACGGAGUGGCGGGGCGGAAGGGGCCAAAAAAAAAACCAAAAUUUGUGAUGCUAGAAAUAAUAUUGGAAGUGAUCCCCCUCCCCUCUUUUUUGGCUCCAACCGUCGUUCUCGCCCGUCGUCGUUUUCCGUGAGCGCGUCCCGCGUUCGAUACAAUCGGCACUCAUCAAUUGGCUCUUGCUCGGCUUCUUGAUUUAAUCUUAUUAGAAUUUCCCCUUUUACCCACCAAAACCGUAGUGUCCCGCAUCUCGAUAUAAGUCGCUUCAGCAUCCCGAGAAACGCCUUUAUCGUUUUAGCUAAAGGUAGUGAGUUCUCGCGGAGGGGGCCCUUUCAAAGCGUACUAGACAGCGAUGCAAACCGGCGUGUGUGCGUCAGACUGUGUGUGUGUGUGUGUGUGUGUGUGUGUGUGUGUGUGUGUGUGUGUGUGUGUG